ACAAUGAAUGUAAAAACUGGAGAAAUCGAUUGUCUUUUGAGCUGAGCGUGUGUCCCUUUCUUGAAAACUUGUGAAUAGUAAAUCCUCAUCUAUAUCAUUGGGUUUCAUUUCCAAACAUUGAUAAUUUCCACAAUGAAUUUAUUCAACCGAAAAAAGCCAGAGGAGAUUGUUCGAGAAUGGGACAGGGCUCUUAAUCGAGAGCAGAGGAAAAUAGAUCGAGAGCUGCAACAAUCAAAGCGGCAAGUUCAGAAAAUGGAGGCGGAUUGCAAAAAGAUGGCCAAGAAAAAUCAAGUUGACGCUGCAAAAGUCCUCGCAAGACAGGUCAUCCAAGGUCGCAAAGGAAUGAACAGACUCCACCAGACUAAAGCGAACAUCAAUUCAGUCCAACUAAAUAUGAAGCAGCAGAUGGCUAUGGCCAAAGUCAGUGGUGCAUUCGAGAAGUCCACCCAAGUCAUGAAAGCAAUGUCGAAACUGGUCAGAGUCCCAGAAGUGAUGAAAACUAUGCAGGAAUUACAACGUGAAAUGAUGAAAAGUGGCGUGAUCGAAGAAAUGAUGAAUGACGCGUUAGAUGACGCAUUGGGCGAUGAAGAUUUGGAACAGGAAACAGACGACGAGGUCAACAAAGUUCUGGAAGAGAUAAUUUCGGGUCAACUGGACAAAAUGCCCACCAAUUCCUUACCCGCUCAACAGUCACUGGAUGCGAAUGUCGAAAGUGAAGAGGAAGACGAACAAGCUUUGCAAGAAAGACUCCAAAGUUUGAGAAGCUAAUUACUUAACUAUGUGUUUUAUUAUUAGUAGUAAAAGUAGUUGUGAAAUUCUUUAGCCACCUUUCUUGUUGCGUGUAACAAUGGUCAACUUAACAUAAGUUAUUAUCUUCACA